UCCUGUCAUCGAUCAUGGCCACCCAUCCGCUGCAAGCGUGCGCUGCCUGCAAGUUCCAGCGUCGUAAAUGCUUAGUGGACUGCCCGCUGGCGCCGUGGUUCCCUCCAGACGAGCCCCGGCGCUUUGCUAACGCCCACAGGCUCUUCGGAGUAGCGAGCAUCUUGAGGCUCAUAGGACAGAAUAAAAACUCAGUUGAGGAUCUCAUGAAGACUAUAUGCGAGGAGUCCGACGCUCGGGAACAAGAUCCUGUAAAUGGACAGUUCGGAACAUUGAAGCGUCUUCAGAGCGAGGUCGAGAGAUUGGAGGAGCUCAAAUCGGCUUGGGCCGAGAAGCUAAUGAUACUCUUGCUGGAAGAUGCGCAUCCUGCAUAUAACGUGGGUCUUUCAGAGCCUACGCAAUUCGCGUUUACAGAGACAACGUCAUAUCAUAUGCAACACCAGCAACAGCAACAAGUUCAUAACAUGCCACAGCAGCAUCCUGCAUAUAACGGGAGUCUUUCAGAGCUUAAUCAGGUCGCGCAAUAUCAUAUGCAGCAAGAAGUUCAUAACAUGCCACAGCAGCAUUCUCCAUAUAACGCGGGUCUUUCAGAGUCUACUCAGGUCGCGCAAUAUCGUAUGCAGCAACAAGUUCAUAACAUGCCACAGCAGCAUCCUGCAUAUAACGUGGGUCUUUCAGAGUCUACUCAGGUCGCGCAAUAUCAUAUGCAGCAACAAGUUCAUAACAUGCCACAGCAGCAUCCUGCAUAUAACGGGAGUCUUUCAGAGCUUACUCAGGUCGCGCAAUAUCAUAUGCAGCAACAGCAAAAAGGUCAUAACAUGCCACAGCAGCAUCCUACAUAUGCCGCGGGUCCCCGCUCCACGGCUCGACGUAGAUCUUGUGCUGGCAAGCAAUUUUUUGGUUUCCUGUUUUUGUUUUAAAAACCGCGCUACCUUACGCUGUUCUUGUCUCCAGUAUCGAGUUGUUUCGGUCUUUGGAGUCUUUGCCGUUUUUGUGGAACUUGAUCUGUCUCCAAUGUGGUGACCGCAUUAUUUCAAAUUCGGUUACCACCACUGCAUCGAAUAGCUGUGUAUGACGGAAGUUCCUAAGUGAGAUCACCAGCUCAUUUGAGAGGGACAACUUGCUGAAAUUGGCGAUUUUCCACUGUAUUACUCCAGUAGCUUAGCUUAUAUUUACUAUAAAGUUUCAAUGGAUAAAACUAGAGAUUUUUCUAAAGCUACUCAGUGUUACAAAUUUUGUCCUCCUUAUGCAUAUUUGGAAAAAUGUCGCGAUGGCUUUAAGACGAUACUUUGCGUUGAGGGUACCUUACUCUUGAACCCAUGGAGAUGUCAUUUUUCUGAUGUCGUGAAGGCAGAAUAUUUGAAUAGUAUGGAUUGUAUCAAACCUAAUACAUCUCAUGAAUAAGUCC